GGUGCGGAUGGGAGUCCCGCAGAAGGAGCGUUUCAAUCCCAACAUGAAUUCCGCCCGCAAUCUCUGACCGACCAAAGCGGACAUCUCGGGCACUUGUUUCUAAACUCUUUCCCGUCAGCGUCGUCUUGUUUUCCACGGAUGCCCUUAACGUCUUCCUCGUGACUUGUUGUGCAGAACGGGAUGCGGCGGUAAAUGUCGCGUUUCGAAUCUUUUCGCUCCGGUUGAAGCCGCAGGAGUAUGUGAUCAUGUUGGCGACGCGCUGCCUCCUCCUGUGGGCUGCAGUUACCGCGCGUCUCGCCGUGACAGGCUGGGGCAGCAGCAUCAAACGGGACGGAGCGGAACGGGGACGCGAGCUGAACGCGUUUUCGGAGGAGCGCACGAAGCCUCAGCGCCUGCUGCAGCGAACUGACGCGGAGGAGGAGCUGCCGCACGGGCACUUGGGUACCUUGGCGAAGAGUGAUGCUGAUGGAGCGCAUCCCAUUCAUUUGGCUCAGAUCUCAUUUCUGGUGAAGGCCUUUGGAAUCCAGUUUGUUUUAGACCUGGAGCUCAAUCACGAUCUCUUGUCGUCUGACUAUGUUGAACGCCACUUCGAUAAGGACGGGCGACCUUUUCAGAGUCCGGGAGGAGAGCACUGUUACUAUCACGGUCACGUGAGAGGAGUUCAGAGGUCAUGGGCGGCUCUCUCCACCUGUCACGGCCUACGAGGGAUGUUCUCAGAUGGCAACUUUUCCUACAGCAUCGAGCCCGUGCACAACAGCAGCGAUCAGGAUGAAAAUACUCAUGUUGUAUACAGAAUGGCAGACAUCCGGCUGAUGCCAAAAAACUCAGGAAGCACCAGGAACGGCAGUGACUCUGACAUUAACAGUGACUAUCCCGUUUCUAUGGAGACGAAUGAAUCGGAGCUCACAGAUGGGCUGAGACGGGCAAAAAGACAGGUUCGGAGGGGUCCGCGCACAGUUCAGAGUGAAACAAAGUAUAUAGAGUUGCUUGUGGUCAAUGAUUUUGAACUGUUUGUACAGAUGCGAAGAUCAGCCUCUCAGACGAGAAACUUUGCUAAAGCUGUCGUGAACAUGGCUGAUGCUAUUUACAAGGAGCAGCUGAACACUAGAAUAGUGCUUGUCGCCAUGGAGACAUGGUCAACUCAGAACAUGGUUUCUGUUGGCGACGACCCUUUGGUGACACUGCGUGACUUUAUGAAAUACAGGAAGGAGAAUAUCAAAGAGAAGAGUGAUGCAGCUCACCUGCUCUCGGGGCGCACGUUUCAGAGCAGUCGCAGUGGCACUGCAUACAUCGAGGGGAUCUGCUCAUCAACACGAGGUGGAGGAGUCAAUGAGUAUGGGAAUGUGGGACCCAUGGCUAUCACAUUAUGUCAGAGUUUAGGACAGAACCUUGGAAUGAUGUGGAACAAAGACCGUGCUACUGCAGGAGACUGCAGAUGUCCAGAUCCGUGGUUAGGCUGCAUCAUGGAGGAUACUGGAUACUAUCUACCCAGAAAGUUUUCACGGUGCAGUAUAGAGGAGUACAUUCAGUUCCUCCAGCAAGGAGGAGGGAGCUGCCUCUUCAAUAAACCUAACAAGUUGUUGGAUCCUCCUGAAUGUGGCAAUGGUUUUGUGGAACAGGGAGAAGAAUGCGACUGUGGCUCUCAAGUGGAUUGCUCUCGUGCUGGGGGUGCAUGCUGUAAAAAAUGCACUUUGACCCAUGAUGCAAUGUGUAGCAAUGGACUCUGUUGUAGCCGUUGUAAGUAUGAGCAGAGAGGAGUGGUCUGCAGGGAUGCAGUGAAUGACUGUGAUGUGCCAGAAACGUGCACCGGCGAUGCGAGUAAAUGUCCACAUAAUGUCCACAAACUGGAUGGUUACAUGUGCGAUGCAGGACUGGGCCGCUGCUAUGGGGGCCGCUGUAAGACCAGAGAUGCCCAGUGUCAGGCGCUCUGGGGCCACAAUGCAGCAGAUCGCAUGUGUUAUGAGAAGCUGAACAUUGAGGGUACGGAGCGUGGAAACUGCGGUCAGGACAGCAGCUCGCGGAACUGGAUUCAGUGCAAUAAGCAGGAUGUGUUGUGCGGAUAUUUAUUGUGCACUAAUAUCACGGUGAAACCACGGUAUGGAGACUCGCAUGGAGAAAUCACAAGUCUCACCAUCUACCAUCAGAAUAAGUACCUGGAUUGUCGUGGGGGUCAUGCAGUGCUAGAGGACGGCACCGAUCUCGGGUACGUAGAGGACGGCACGCCGUGUGGUCCUAAUAUGAUGUGCCUGGACCAUCGUUGUCUGCCAGUAACCACCUUCAACCUGUCAUCCUGCCCCGGUUCGACCUUCUCUCAAGUGUGCUCUGAUCACGGGACGUGCAGUAAUGAGGUGAAGUGUAUCUGUGACUCCGACUACACUGGGAAGGACUGCAGUGUGUAUGACCCCAUUCCAGACCCCCAGCCUCUAGACGGUCCUGAGAAAUACAAAGGUCCGAGCGGGACAAACAUCAUCAUUGGCUCCAUAGCAGGAGCGAUACUGCUGGCAGCUAUAGUACUGGGAGGAACGGGCUGGGGCUUCAAAAAUAUCAGAAGAGGAAGAUCUGGAGGGGGAUAAAGCAUGUCAUCUGCUCUCCUGUGCUUCUGCACUGUGUUCUUUUAAACUUUGAGGGAAACAGAAGAAACUGCCAAUGUCUUCCACUCUCUCUCCAAACUCCCUUCUGUCACUUCCACUUCCUGUUACUGCCUGUCACCUGUUGCCUCGAAACACUCCAGUACAUCCCAUGGUAACAUUCUUUAACUGACCUCUAACAAGAUGUUAGUUGUUAGUAAUCAUUUUGGUCUUUUAAGUCAUAAUUUGCUCACCCUUAUGUUGUUUUGAACACAUGACUUUCUUUCUUUCUUUUGCGGAGCACAAAAAGAGAUUUUGAGCAGAAAUGUCACAUUGUUGAGGUCCAGAAACGGACCAAAAAGUACCAUAGAGAUUGCUUGUGCGCUAUAUGCACAUAUAUUACUGCAUAUUCAAACAUGGCGCCUCGUGACGCAUCACUUUAGGUCAAUAGUCAGAAUUAUCAGUACAAAAACAAAAUGAUUAGACAUUUUUAUGUAUUAUACUGGUCCUAAUCAGCGAGCUGCCACAAUAAUCGAAACCAACUCUGAGAAGCCGUGACUUUUCAAGUUGUUUCAUGCGGAUAGACAGAUUCUUCCCCAAACAUUUUGGAAAAAAUCUCUAAAUAUGUAUGGAUUUCCCAGUAGAAAUCUACCUAAAAUAACGUAAUGUCUGCUUGCAUUCCAUGUUUACCCUCAUGCGAGUCUAAUAUCUAUACUCUUGCUGCUUUUAAUAUCAUCCAUAAUAGUUAAAAAACAUGCAUAACCAUAUGAAUGUACUUUUAUGUAACAAAAAAUAAGGCAUUGCUUGUAUGAAUUUAAUGUAGUUGGUUAUAUACUUUUCAUAAGCACAUAGCUGAGUGAGGCAAGGCCAGGUCAUUUUAGUAAAAUAUGUAUUAUGUAUAAUUUGUAAAUCUUAUAAGAGGAACACUGAGCUGAGGAUACAUAUGUAUGUAUAUAAUGUACUGUAUAUGACAGCAGUAUUUUGCCCGUCUGCUGCAAAAAUAACACUGUCAGAUAAAAGCACAAACAAAUUUAUAGGGGUCGAGAAUGAAGAUGACAUUGAUACCGAUGGGCAAAAACACAAUCGUCAAAGUCAUUUUUCCAAUCAUUUUUAUGUUACAAUCGUGUCCACUAUAUAGUAUAAAGAAAGGUGCACUAAGUAACUUUGUUUUUCUGUUCUGUUUUUUAGACUGUGUGGAGCAAGGUUAGAACACUUUACAUGUUCAAAUUAUUAAUUUUAUUUUUUUAAGUACUUUUAGUUACUAGUUUUGAUAAAUAUUUGUACUUUUAUUUUAGUUUUUUAUUUUAUUUUAUGGACAUACAGUACUUCAGUUUCAAACUGAAGAAAACAAGCGAGACUUUAGAGGAAAGAAGCAUUUGUAUUUACUAUAAAUCAUUAAAAAAAAAAACAUAUGCUCCAUGCUGCUUAUUGAUUCUCGCGCUGAGCCAGCAGAAAAGAUGAAGGGCGGCUGUGCGUUUACACACAAAAGGUGCAGAGUCAGACUGGAUCAUUUCUUCUCUCUUGUACGUUUUCAUGUUGCCAUUGUGUACACAAUGAAAUAUCAAGCUCACAAAUUGUAGCCUACUGGACAUUACAUUAGUUUUCUUGAUAAUUUUCCAUCCUGUUAGACUUUAUGAUAUCAAAAUCCAGUUCUUAAAGGGGUCAUGAACUGGCUUUUUAUUUUUUUUUUAUAUUGUUGUCUGAGGUCAACUUAUGACGUCUGC